AUCCAGUCCUGACUCUGCAAGCAGGCAAACCACGUACAUUUCUAAAAAACUUUUGUUACUUUCAAUGACAACUAAAAAGAAACGUUCCCCACCCACUGAGAGUGACAGCUGGGUUUUAAUCGCACCAGAUUCUGUUGUCGCCUCGCGAAAAACAAGAGACCCUGAUGCAACUUUCGUGAGCCUAAGGAACCCGGCCACAGAUGGUGGAUCUCAGUAUCUUUUUAGCAAUGGAGAUAUGCAGGUAUUUGAGGUGAAAGCUUUCUCAGAGGACUAUCGGUCAUGGUUUAUUGGUCAGAGAGUGCAGAGAGAUGGUAGGUUGCUGUAUGUGACUCCUGUUGACCCACUGUUUCUCCUGUUACCAUAUCUGAGGAAAGCUGGAGCAGAGGGGAAGUUCCAGCCAUUACAGCAGGUAGUGAUGGAUGAGGAUUACCCAGGGUGCAUGAGGCUACUGUCCUGCACACACUCAGUGGACUCCCUCCACCAUGUGGCAGAUGAGAAAGAGGUUGGCAGUAUGAAGUUCCACAGGUACAGUCAGGAGAAGACCAUGGAGUGGCUUCAGAAAAAGGUUGAGAGGAUUGUGCGUAUGCUGAAAAAGAGUGACAUCUCAGUGGGAGGAGGAGUGAAGUCUAGCACUUUUAUCAGAGUGAAGGAGGAAAACCACGUCACUGAGGUGGAUUACUUGUGCUAUGCCCAUGGCCUCAUAUCAGAGUAUAUCAGUGAAGACCUGAGUAAAGACCUACAUAAGCACCUGCAGUUACCUGAAAUGUCCAGCCCUAACAAAGCAGAGCCGCCCUCCAAGAAGCGGAAACUGUCGGAUAAACCCGUGGAAGCAGGGGAGGACUAUACCAAGUUCAACAGCGCUGACUUUGCCCGAAAACCUCCUAAGAAGAUGACAGCAGCCCAAAAGACACUGGCCAAAGUGGACAAAACAGGCAUGAAAACCAUGUCAGCUUUCUUCAGCCCAAAAGUCAAGCAGGAGAACAAUUGAGAGUAUGUGUGAGUG